UUUUAAUUUUGUAGUGCAUGAAUGUUUAUUGUAAUAACUGAUUAAUAAUCCGGAACCUCUUGGCAUUUCCCACCAGAUUCUAAAAUUAUUUAUUUACAUUGACUGGUUUCUCUCGUGUCGAUAAUUUCUGCAUAUCACAUGCAUUACUUAUAUCCAAUUAAGGUGCCCAGAUUUAUGUUUAAAAAGCCGCCAUAAGUUUUUCCAUGCUAGAGCCUAGCUGCGUAAAUUGUCAGAAAAAGCAGAAGAAGAGAUAUUGGCAGGCCUCCCCCUGCACAGAUACAAAGCUGUAGAUAAAACCUUCACAACUUUGGAAAACAGGAAAUCAAGAUCCAACUUUCUAACAGACCUUCAGGAUACACUUGACAGUCUUCAACUUCAGUUUGCAAGAAUAGAAGAGGAAAUACCAGCAGCCAAAAGUAAGCCAACACAAAAGACAAAGACAAAAUUUGUCCAUAAGAGUCUGCAUGAAGAACUCAGGAUCAUGAGAGAGGCCCACCCAGACUCAGGGGCAGCACCAAGACAAACUUUUUUAAACACCUCUAACAGACUGUGGAGAAAGAAGGUGAUGCCUCUUUUAGGCUUCAACCCAGCAAAACAUGAAGGUACUUUUGGUGGUUCAUUCAAGGAACAGAUUUACCUGUCAACCCUUCCAGAGUGCUGUUUUGACCUGGUUAUAGAUGUAAUCAACUCCCAUGAUGCUGGGUUACUGCACCAAUCAAAUAGGAAGGAAACUACCAUUAAACCAGGACUUUUUAAACAUCUUGUUGGUGUCAAAUCAGAAGUAGUAGUGCACAGACAUCUAAGUCAACUGAAUAGCGGACUGAUCAAUCUGCCAGAGUUUCGUCAACAGACCAAAGAUAUAAAGCUUCAGCAUCAGAGUCAAAACAGCACACCAAGUGGCCCAACAGUGAGACGGUUACAGAAUGAGAUUCUUCGACUGAAGUCCCGAGUUGAAGAGUUGGAAGAGUUGGUUGAAAGAAAUCAGACACCAGAUCAGGAUGUGUAUGAAUUUGAUGACACUGACCUCUCACUCAGAGAACAAGAUAUGGAGGUUACAAUUGAGAAUGAAGAGUUGGAUGUCAUUCCUGAUACACCAACAGGUUCACAAGUUAGAACCAUUCCAGAAACACCAUCCACUUCCAAGGCAACCAGUAGCAGAAAAAGAAACAAAGAAGGAGAGCUUCUAAACAUCCUUGACAGACUCCGCGAGGUAUGA